GCCAGUGGUCGAGCUGGCAAAGACGGGAAGGAGGGAAAGACCGACGGGAGACAGAUACGAGACAGGAAGACCAGCCCGAAAAGAGCCAGCGCUUCACCUCGGCUGACUGUUACGUGACCGAGCGUCACUUCGAGGUUUGACAGCGGCGGAACAACCGAAGAGGAGAUGUGACUUGCCUUCUUCUUAUUUUGUAUUUUUAACACAGAGCUUAUUUCACAACCGAGGGACAGUCACGUAAACACAGCCGCAGUGAGUAUUGUCAUCCCUUCACCCCCGGGCCUUGUGGAUUUACUUGCUGCCUUUAUCUAAAGGGAUGCCCUAUUGAUUCCUUUCUGACAAAGCACAUUGAAUCCAGUGAGGUUGUUGGAAAGGCCUUUAUCACAGCCAUGUCAACACUGCAUCGGGAUAUUUUAAGUCAAAAGGGACUACAGUAAAAGAUCAUUUUUGGGGACAUCCAUCUUAAAUUUGUUCGAGUUUCUGUGUACUUUUGAGAAUGUGUUUUUGAUUCACUUGAUUUCUUCAUUUGAAGCGGACACCUUUUCGUCUCUCCAGUACACACGCCAUAUUCUCUUACCAUGUACGGUAGCUCCCGUUCUGUCUCAAAGCUGGACGUUGUUGGAUCCAAUGGCAACGGGUCCGCGUCCGCGUCCGGGAGCCCCGGGCGCUCCCCACGCCUCCCGCGCUCCCCGCGCCUUGGACACAGGCGGAACAGCAGCAGCAGCUCCACCGGCGGACUUACUGGCUCCUGUAAAACCCUGUCCAUGGAGAAUAUUCAGUCCCUGAACGCUGCCUAUGCUACGGGCGGCCCCAUGUACUUCAUCGACACGGUUGAAGACUCGAUCGGCAUUGGGAGUCUGGGCAGUGGGCUGAACCCCUCGCUGCCCAAAAACACCAUGACCCUGGGCAGGGCUGGGGCCAGGAUCCCCUAUGGGGUCAGGGCGGCCAUCAUGGGGAGCAGUCCUAAUAUAAACACUGGAGGGGGAGGUGGUGGGAUGCCCAGUGACGCAAUAGCAUUUGGGGGGGAGAUGCAAAACCAUCCUCCCCAGGCAGCUACUGUGCCUCAUUCCAUGAGACAGGUGAGAGACGGUGCGAUGUCAGACCUGCAGACACAGUUAAGAGAAGUGCUGCGAGAGAACGAACUACUGCGCAGAGAACUGGAGGCUAAAGAGUCCAAGUUGAGCUCCUCGAUGAACUCCAUCAAGACGUUUUGGAGUCCAGAGCUGAAGAAAGAGAGGGCGCUGAGGAAGGACGAAGCCACAAAGAUGUCCGUGUGGAAGGAACAGUACAGAAUGGUGCAGGAGGAAACACAGCAUUUCCAGUGCUCCAUCCAGGCUCUACAAGAUGAGCUCAGAAUCCAGCGAGACCUCAACCAGCUCUGCCAGUCCGAUUACACCGAGUCCUUUCACCUCGGCAACCAGUCCAUCUCCCCUCAGGAAAUGACGGAGGACAACUUCCUGCGUCUCCACAGCGAGUAUGAGCGCCAGGUGAAAGAGCUCUUCCUCCUGAGGAAGACUGUGGAAGAAAUGGAGCUGAGGAUAGAUACACAGAAACACACCCUAACUGCCAGGGAUGAAUCCAUAAAGAAGCUACUGGAAAUGUUGCAGAGCAAAGGCCUGUCGUCACGGGCAACCGAGGAGGACCAUGAACGAACGAGGCGACUGGCCGACGCUGAGAUGACCAUCCACCAACUGGAGGGCCUGAUGGAGCAAAGAGACAAGGAGAUGCUACAACUCAGAGAGGAGCUGCACAGGAGAUACGAAGCAGCUCCAGAAUCAACAAAGACCAAGGCCUUGCAGACGGUCAUCGAAAUGAAGGAUGCGAAGAUCAGCUCGAUGGAGCGCGGCAUGAGAGAGCUGGAGGAGGAGGUGAACAUGCUGAAGUCCAACGGGGCUCUGAGCAGCGAGGAGAGGGAGGAGGAGAUCAAACAGAUGGAGGUCUACAGAUCCCACUCCAAGUUCAUGAAGAAUAAGGUUGAGCAGCUGAAGGAGGAGCUAACUCACAGCCAAUCAGAGAAGGAGGAGCUAAGGCAACGGGCCAAUGAGCUCCAGCGGGAGGCGUCCGCAAUUGAACAAGCAAAGCAGGAUCUGGGUCGUAAGGACAGCGAGCUUUUGGGUUUCAGGACCAAACUGGAAACUCUUAACAACCAGUUUUCUGACAGUAAACAACACGUGGACGUCCUCAAGGAGUCACUCUCUGCCAAGGAACAGAGAGCCGCGAUACUGCAGACGGAGGUGGAUGCGCUGCGUCUCCGUCUCGAGGAAAAGGAGUCUCUCCUCGCUAAAAAGGGUCAGCAGAUAUCAGGGCUGACAGAGGAGAAAAGCACUCAGCAUGGAGAGAUCAUCGACCUCAAAGACAUGCUGGACGUCAAGGAACGCAAAGUUAGCGUGCUGCAGAAGAAGAUAGAGAACCUCCAGGAUCAGCUGAGAGAUAAAGAGAAACAGCUGGGCGGACUGAGAGACAGAGUCAAGUCUUUACAGACAGACACCUCAAACACAGACACAGCACUGGGGACACUGGAGGAGGCUCUGGCUGAGAAGGAGCGGAUCAUCGAGCGGCUGAAGGAUCAGCGGGAGAGGGAGGAGAGAGAAAAGGGGGACGAGAUGGAGUCCAGCAAGAAGGAGUUGAAGGAGUUGAGGGAGAAAGUCUCCCAUCUGCAGGCUGACCUGGCUGACCGAGAGACUUCAGUGUUGGAUCUGAAGGAGAAGGCUUCCUCUCUGGCUUCCUCCACUCUGAAGAAGGACAACAGGCUGAAGAGUCUGGAGAUCGGCCUGGAGCAGAAGAAAGAGGAGUGUGUCAAACUCGAGAACCAACUCAAGAAGGCUCAGGGUGCAGCGACAGAUUCCCAGGCCAACACUGAACUCUCCGAACGCAUCUCCUGCCUGGAGCAGGAAGUGACCCGGCACAAAGAGGAUGCUGAGAAGGCCCAGUCCGAGGUGGAGCGACUUCUGGAGAUCCUGAGGGAGAUGGAGAAUGAAAAGAACGACAAGGAGAAAAAGAUCAACGAACUGGAGAGGCAGAUGAAGGACCAGUCGAAGAAGGUGGCCAACCUGAAACACAAGGAGCAGGUGGAGAAGAGCAGGAACGCCCAGCUGAUGGAGGACGCCAGGAAGAGAGAGGACAAUCUGAACGAAAGCUCCAUGCAGAUACAGGACUCCCUCCGUCAGAAGGAGGAACGCAUUGAGGAGCUGGAGGAGGCGCUGAGGGAAAGCGUUCAGAUCACCGCGGAGAGGGAGGUGGUGCUCGCCCAGGAGGAGCAGGCGCUCACGCACUCCGAGAAACAGGUGGAGGAACUGCUGGUUGCCAUGGAGAGGGUGAAACAGGAACUGGACGUGAUGAAAUCCAAGCUGUCAUCAACUCAACUCUCACUGGCCGAGAAGGAAGGUCACCUCACUGCCCUCCGGGCCGAGAGGCGGAAGCACCUGGAGGAGGUCCUGGAGAUGAAGCAAGAGGCCCUGCUGGCAGCCAUCAGUGAGAAAGACGCCAACAUUGCCCUGCUGGAGCUUUCCUCAUCCAAGAAGAAGAAAACCCAGGAAGAGGUGGCAGCUCUGAAGAGAGAGAAGGAUGGUCUGGUUCAUCAGCUCAAACAGCAGACUCAAAACCGGAUGAAGCUAAUGGCGGACAACUAUGAGGAUGACCACCUGAAGGUCUCCACUCCAAACUCAGAGCAGCCCAACAAUCACAAGCCCUCUCCAGACCAGAUUCUCUCUCCUCUCCUGGAUCUCAAUCAGAAUCGCAGUAAACUGAAGCUGUACAUCAGCCACCUGACCUCUCUGUGUCAGGAACGAGACCCAAUCAUACUGCAGGACUUCGCCCCGCCCCCCGCCUAUCACCGCUCUGACUCCGCUUCCUGGCAUACGCAGGUGCACAGCAUGACACAGGAACAGUUGGAGGCAGAGUUAGUGCUGUGUGAGAGUGAGGGGGCGGAGCUCCAGGAGUACGCCAAUCAGGUCCUGCAGCAGAUCGCUGAAGGAUGCCCCGACAUUUUGGAACAAGUGGUCAACGCUCUGGAGGACAGCUGCUGACACACGAGUGCACACACACUGAUAGAAACACAAAUAAGCUUACACACAUAUUAAUUAGCAAGUAAAGUAAAGGAGCAAGCGAACACAAAGAGGAUCAUUAGAAGUCCCCAGCAAAUGCCCAUAAUAAUAAUAAUCCCCUGCUAUACAAAUUAAAUCACGGGAUGAGGACUUUCUCUUCCACCUGCUCUUCUUCAUCUAAUCUUUUGGAGAAAAAAAAUGUCAUUACUUAUUAAUAUAAGUAAUGACAUAUUUAAUAUUCUUCCAAUGUGUCUUUAGUCUCCAUUAUUUUCAACACAGAGUGCCAGCUAAGGGAAAUAGUGUUAAUGUGUCAGUGUAUAGUGCUUUGUUGGCAUGCAAGUUAGUUGGAAAUUGUUAAUGUUUUUAAAACAUUGAACAUGUAUUUUUUCCGAACUACUUCGAAACAGAAGGAGCCUCCACCGCUCUCUCCAUCUGUGACACUUUGCAGCGUCCAUCUUGUGUCCUUCCAGGCAAUCAGCAGACUUGUUAAUGUGACUUGAUGUACUUCAUGGGGGGGGGGGGGUCAAAAUGUAGUAAGAGGGUGGAAGUGAGUCGAGCUUGCCAGGUUGUUUCUGAUGCCAGAUUUACACGCUGUUGCCACAAAGUUAUUUGAUUGGUUCAGAUUCAAGAGUGUGUUUAUUUCAGCUGCCUUUGAUUCUUUACAUCAUUUGCUGCUAUCUUUUUAACUUUUAGUUUCUUUAUUUUUUCCCAAGUCUUGUUGGGGCACUAUUUUCUGAUGAAACGUCUCAAGUGGCAGUUUCUUUCAGCAGUAACGUCUAGAUAGUUGUGUAUAUUGUAAAGAGAGAACUUUAAUGAACAGCUUUUGUCAAGGGAUCGGGAUACUUUUGUAUCUUGUUUCCCAUUAUUGAUGAAAGACACACACACCACAAUAAAUAUCGCAAUACUCCCUUUAUUAAAACACACACGUGUAGAUGUUUAGCGUUUCUGUUUAACCUAAGAAACAGGUUCAGUCAUGGUGUCCUUGCUGAAAUGAUGUUGUGUUCAGACAAUCCCUCCCUUUUUAGUCAUCAUGGAGAAAUCCAGAGUUAAUUUUCCCUUCUUGAAGCAUCUUUUUUUUUCAUGGGAGGAAGGUAAUAUAAAAUAGUUGCUAUAUUUUUUCUUUUCUUUUGGUAAUAUAUAUAUAUAAAACACAUAUUGUUUAAUUGAAAAUAGUGUCAUGUAUUGGUUGGUAUGUUACAUAAUGUGUCAAACUUCUUUUUUUGUGUGAUUUGCAAGUAACCACAGGUUAGUUCUGUACCCGGGAGACUGUUAUUGGGAACGUAUAUUGCACCUACAUGAGGCUCUGUGUCCACCGGGAACUCUUUCUCAGAUUCAGUUCCUUGUUCUUGUAGUUAACGGUGGAAAUGACACUCUGAUGCAUGUUUCCCACAGCGCUGACAGCCUUAGCAUGAUUUCAACGCUAACGGCACUAGAGGCUCCAAUUGUUUCAACUUGACUUCAAAAGCUCCUCUAACAGUUUGUUUUUUAGUCUAAUACUGUAGUGAGUGCUGAAACUGGGACUGGCCACAAGCAACUGUUUAGCGCUGCUCCCUUAAAAGAAAUACCUGGUGGAGACAAAGCCUAAAGAUGGGGAUUCACACUGCACUCAAAUCAGAUUUUACACCAUCAUAAAAGGCUU